AUGAAGGUCAUCGGCCCCCUCCAAAGCUCCUCUACGGGCUCAGAUGGUCCAGGACAUCUUAACCACGCUCGCAUUACCCUACUCCAAGACGAUGACUUCGAGAAUAACCGACCUCGACAUGCCCACCUCGCCUACUCCAGCCAAUACCUCUUCCCACCGGUUCCGCAGUCUUAUGACCCCGAGCCCCCGCAAUGGAAGCAAAAGCCUGACGAAGACAGUGACAUUGAAGGUGGUGGAGGGUGUGGACACACGACAGGACUGAGACUUGCUGUUCUUGUUCCAAUAUGA